AAAAGCUGGAGCAGAGUGUAGCAGUUACUCGUAUACUUUCUGUGUAGGAUGUGGUCCGAUUGCUGCAGCAGUCCUCGUUCUUCGCUUUGCAUUUUGCCUUCACAUUUUGUUCCUCCUCUGUUCUGACAAACUGGAUUCUUCCAGGCCCGUCGUCUCCACAUCCAGACAUAUUAUAAGGUACAUAGAAGGACAGCCAUACAAGGAAUAGCGAUGUCUAAACGACAACGUUCUCAAUUUACAAAACCUUUUAGACAGCAGGAAAGCUGAACACAUGCUAGAGGGGAGAGACAGCGGGACUGUAUAAUCAAACCUGGAGAGCUACAUGACCGUGGAGAAUGACGAGGGGAAAUCGUCUGCCUUGCAACUUCGGAACCCACCAUCACGGUUUCAUGUGAAUCUGAAACGCCACAGCCCUGCAUCAACAUCAAGCUUCAAGCAAGAGACCCAAAGCACUGUUGGAAGCCUUUCAAUGCAUUUUGCAUAAGCCAUACAUUAUUGCAGAACAAGUGCAACAAUUUUUUUCCUUCUUGUUUUUUGGAUUGACAUGAGAGCAUACUAGCUGUUUAAUAGUUAGUGUCUAGAGGCCUCUAGCUAAUGCUCUGACAAUGUGAUUAUAGACCAAUGUUCACAAUAAAGUUCCACAGACCCUCCCCACAUUUUAAAUUCUUGUGUCAUUGAGAAACACAGAGAGGGGUAAAAGUCACCAAGCCAGACCGGCCACUGAUCCCCUGCUGUUCGAAUGACCAGAUCCCAAAGGCUGGCUCUUUUCCUUUUGUUUCGAAAAGGUCCGGCCUUAACUCAUCAGAUACUCUGUCAUUAAUCACCAACGCGGUUCCAGUCACAAGGUGAACCACUGAAGUAGACAUGGCGGCCGGAGUGGCGACUUGGCUCCCCUUUGCUCGGGCGGCUGCUGUGGGCUGGCUCCCAUUGGCUAAGAAAUCAAUGCCCAAGCCGCCUGUGGAUAAGAAGAGCCGCAAUGAUGAGAUCUUGUUUGUGAAUGUAAGCGGGUUGCGUUUCCAGACCUGGAAGAACACCUUGGAUCGUUACCCCGACACGCUGCUGGGCAGCUCAGAAAAGGAGUUCUUUUACAAUGAGGACACCCAAGAGUACUUCUUCGACAGAGACCCUGAGAUGUUCCGCCACAUACUCAACUUUUACCGCACGGGUAAGCUUCAUUACCCUAGGCAUGAGUGCAUACAGGCCUUCGAUGAGGAACUGGCUUUCUACGGCAUUGUACCUGAGAUCAUUGGUGACUGCUGCAUGGAGGAGUACCGCGACCGCAAGAAGGAGAACCAAGAGCGGCUAGCUGAAGAUACAGAGGCUGAAAUGGCAAGUGACAUCCCUUUGCCCCCUGACAGUACUUCACGUGAGAGGUUGUGGAGAGCCUUUGAAAACCCCCACACCAGCACCAUGGCCUUGGUCUUCUACUAUGUCACUGGCUUCUUCAUUGCUGUUUCGGUCAUCGCCAAUGUGGUAGAAACCGUACCCUGCCGGCCACCUAAGGGGAGUGUUAAGGACCUCCCCUGUGGGGAAAAGUACUCACUAGCCUUCUUCUGCAUGGACACCGCCUGUGUACUCAUCUUCACCUUUGAGUACCUGAUGAGGCUCUUUGCAGCGCCCAGUCGCUGCAAGUUCAUGCGCUCAGUGAUGAGCGUGAUCGACGUGGUGGCUAUCAUGCCCUAUUACAUCGGUCUGGUCAUGCCAGAAAACGAGGAUGUGAGCGGAGCCUUCGUCACCUUGCGCGUUUUCCGUGUCUUCCGUAUCUUCAAGUUCUCCCGCCAUUCCCAGGGGCUCCGUAUCUUAGGCUACACGCUGAAAAGCUGCGCCUCCGAGCUUGGCUUCCUGCUCUUCUCGCUUACCAUGGCCAUCAUCAUCUUUGCCACUGUCAUGUACUAUGCUGAAAAGGGAACCAAGGGCACUAACUUCACCAGCAUCCCAGCUUCAUUCUGGUACACCAUUGUCACUAUGACCACCCUUGGAUAUGGGGACAUGGUUCCCAACACCAUCGCCGGAAAGAUCUUUGGCUCCAUCUGCUCUCUUAGUGGCGUGCUAGUGAUUGCACUCCCUGUGCCCGUCAUCGUCUCUAACUUCAGUCGCAUUUACCAUCAGAACCAGAGGGCCGACAAAAUGCGAGCGCAGCAGAAAGUAAGACUGGCAAGAAUUCGACUGGCCAAAAAGGGGACGACCAAUGCUUUCCUACAGUAUAAGGAGGAUGGAGGACUGCAGGAUCGUGACAGCGACAGCACAGCCCUCUGCGUGAAGAACAGGUCCUCUUUUGAACACCAACAUCAUCACCUAUUACACUGUCUGGAAAAGACAACGAACCAUGAGUUCACGGACGAGCUGACGUACAGCGAGGUCUGCAUGACGGAGUCGGUGGGCUACCGCACCAGCCGGAGCACGUCGCUGUCCAGCCAGCAGGGACUGUCGUCCUCCUGCUGCCCCCGGCGACCCAAGCGGCGAGCCAUCCGCCUGGCCAACUCCACCGUGUCCGUGAGCAGGGGCAGCGUGCAGGAGCUGGACAUGCUGCACGUUCAGAAGGUCGCUCACCAGAGGCUUUCUGUGUGCGCGAGCAGCCGCUCGAGUCUCAACGCGAGGAGCGAGGACCUGAAGCUGAACUGUGACGACAGGGACUUCACUGCAGCCAUCAUCAGCAUCCCCACCCCUCCAGCCAACACCCCCGAUGAAAGCCUACCUCCCUCACCAGCCGUACCAGGCAUCCUGCGCAACUCUCGCUCCGGCAGCUUCACCCACGAAACGGUCAAGAUCUCCUCGCUAUAAUCGUACCAAGCACAAGAGCGCCCCCUACUGCCCAGUGAAGCAAAGGCAUUCACUAUGGAGGACAGUGGAGCACAAAAGACAAUAUAGAGAGUAGCCCUUCAAUACUGUUGGAUAAACGCUUCAGUCCUAAAACGAGAAAUGUCUCCUGAAAGGUUAUACUUCAGAAAUGAAGAAAAAAAAACAUAUUAUGCAAAUCACGUUUUAAUAAACUCAGAAGAUAUGCUGGAAAAUAUAUAGAUUUUAUGGAUCAGGUGGAUGCAGAGCAAAUAAGGGUUGGAUGAGUGCAGGUUAAUAAAAGGAUUGUUAGCAUAGAUAAUGAUCAAGUCAUAUUUUUGUUGGGAAAGAAUAAAACUGUGACAAGAACCCAGGAACCUUUAAUGGACACUGAUGAGCUGGAUAGAGACUUUUUAAACAACAACAACACAAAAAAGACAAAGAAAACUCUGGGUGACAUUGAAGACCUAUUAAAUUUCAAAAAUAUGCAAAAUUAGGAAAUAGUAAUUAAAGAAAUCCCUCAAUAUGUACACACACACACACAGAUGCACAGACGCUGAAAAAGACUACUAUGACUAUUGCAUUCUGCUGUUGAUUUAGUCACUCUAAAGAUCUUGGUGGUACAUAUAUAACAUUUUAUAUCUAACUUCUCCCAAUCCAAUGCAUCUUCCAACUUUACGAGAAAAAAGAUGAGUGUACUGACUAGCUUAAUACAAACAGUGCAUGUUCUUGUACAUUUGCCAGCAGAGAAUAGAUUUGCUGAUCCUCUAUUCUCAUUUCCGCAUGCAUGAUAUCUUUUUUUUUCCCCCUUCAAUUUGUCAGUUUUCCUUUCUCCCGAUAUCAUUGAUGUGAAUAUUUAAACAAGAGGUCCUGCACUGGAAGUGUACAUUAGGUUUGAAUAAAAAAAAAAGUUGAAUAAGAAUUAUCAAAUAGAAAAAAAAAUAUCAGGCAUGUUCCUCACAAGAAUGAAAGGGGAAUGCAUGGAAGUGGGCGGUGUGUGUGUGUGUGUGCGUGUGUUUGUGUGUGUGUGUGUGUGUGUGUGUGUGUGUGUGUGUGUGUGUUAGCCUGGGAGGAAUUACGUUAACUGA